GGAGAUGAUGAUUUGCUUUAUGAUUUCCAGGAGCCUUUUGAAAGUUCUGGCUUUCAUGCCUAAAGGCAAUGAAUUCAAAGAUGCUGCACUCUUUUCUUGUGCCCUCGGUUUCAACGCAAUCAUUUACGUUUGGUCUCUGUAGCUUCCACCAGAAAACGUGCCUGCAAGCAGGAGUCAUGAGUUUCCACCACCACCCUCGAUAUAUUAGCUCGAUGGACGCAGGCCGGGAGAAGGCCAAGGCAGCGAGAACUGCUUCUUCCUCUCACUCAGCUAGUUCAAGGGAAACAUGGGUGGGUCGAGCAACGUGAAGCCCGUCAUUAGCAAGAUCUACUGCUCCUCCUCGCCCACGACGCUGACGGUGAGGAAGAGGCCUCACGUCAUCAAUGGAGGUGGCUUUGUGGUGAUGAACGCCAGCCAUGGUGCGGUUUUCGUGGUGGAAGGUUGCGGAAUCCUCGGAGUCAAGGGGGAGUUGGCGUUGAAGGACGGUGACGGAGGGCUGAUACUCUCCAUCAGCAAAAGGGGAGGAAUCGCCCAAGCUCUGAGCACCCGCCGCAGAUGGAGCGGGUACUUGACGGACUUCGAGGGAAGGAAGAAGUCGGUGUUCAGCUUGACCGAUCCCAAGUGCCCGAUGAGCAACGCCAUCAGGAUCCAUCUUGAAUCCAGCGGACACAGCGGAGGCUGGGACUUCCAAGUUCACGGGUCCUUCGUCGACAGGACAUGCACCAUCGAGGAUUACAGCGGAGACAUCGUUGCGCAGCUCGGAGCGACGGACAUGGUCGGCGGCAAGGAGUUGUACCAGGUGACGGUGCAGGCGGGCUACGACCAAGCGUUCAUCGUUGGGGUGCUUGCCGUCCUCGACAACAUCCAUGGGGAAUCCACUCGGUGCUGAUGAAGAUAACAUAAGCCUUUCCUCGUUACUGCUAAUUAGAGAUAGAUGAGAAGAAGCUUGUUGACAUGGUUGCAUGCAACAUCAUAAAACCAAUCAUGACUUACUCUUCUAGUCUUCAUUAUCUUUUAGUUUCUGUCUCCUUUAUAAAGAAUAUGACUAUAAAAAUCGUGAUCCUUCGACAAUUGAGGAAUCGGAGAACACAUCUUCUGAGUUGACUAUCGGAUCCAACUCAAAAGCUGAGACGGAAGUCAAGAUGUCCAUACAAAGUUGUCUACAUAGUAAACUAUGUUUAUUAUGAUGAAGGUUAUGAACAUCGAAAACUAUGUAUAAU